AGCUUGUGGAGUGCUCGACAUACGAUACAUUGUAAUUUGUGCUUGUGCUUAUUGUUGGCCGAACUCGUAUUUGUAUUGGGCAUCAACCGAACAUCAAUUUUGGUUUGUUGUCGAGCUAUAGCCGCAGCUCUUCAUUAUCUCUUCUUGGCUGCCUUUUGUUGGAUGUUACUCGAGGGAUAUCAAUUAUAUUUGAUGCUAAUACAGGUCUUCGAAAAAGGUGAAGUGAAAAUUGUCGUUUAUUAUUUAUUCGCUUAUGGUUUUCCAGCUGUUAUCGUUGCUGUUACAGCUGGUGUUGCAUGGCCUAAUUAUGGCACAAAGCAAUAG